CGCUUCCUGCUUCAUAGGAGCGGCUCGGUUUCUUUCAUUACGGCCGCUGUGUGCAGGAGUUUAUAAUGGUUAUUAUUUGAAGAGACCAGCAGAGAUUCGGAGUUGAGGAGGUUUGAACCUCCUUCGUCUUCUCAGCUUGUCAGUACUCUGCAUUCUCAGUCACUGAAUUACAAAAUGCAUUUGGCCGUGCUCGUAUUUGCCUCUGUGCUCCCUGUAACCACCUUAGCCCUCGACAAUGGAGUGAUGAGGACCCCUCCCAUGGGCUGGUUGGCAUGGGAACGAUUCCGCUGUGAUAUUGACUGUGACCAUGACCCCAAGAACUGCAUCAGUGAGAAUCUGUUCAUCGACAUGGCAGACAGACUCUCAGAGGACGGCUGGAGGGAACUUGGGUACGUCUAUGUGAACAUAGAUGACUGCUGGUCCUCCAUGGAGAGAGACAAGGAGGGUCGACUGCAGCCUGACCCAAAGAGAUUCCCGGGAGGCAUCCACAAGUUGGCACGCUACAUGCACGACAGGGGUCUCAAGCUGGGGAUCUACGGGGACAUGGGCACACACACCUGUGGGGGCUACCCUGGUACCCCACUGGACAAGAUCAAGAUAGAUGCUCAGACCUUUGCUGACUGGGAGGUGGAUAUGUUAAAAUUGGAUGGCUGUUAUUCUAAUGCCACUGAGCAGGAGCAGGGUUACCCUCUCAUGUCAAAGGCUUUAAACGCUACAGGCCGUCCCAUUGGCUACUCCUGCAGCUGGCCCGCCUACCAGGGUGGCCUGCCACCGAAGGUAAACUACACUCAGUUGGGUGAGAUCUGCAACCUGUGGCGUAACUAUGGCGACAUCCAGGACUCUUGGGACAGUGUCCUGAACAUUAUUGACUGGUUCUUUGAAAAUCAGGAUAUUCUGACACCUGCAGCCGGACCUGGAAGAUGGAACGACCCUGAUAUGCUGAUUAUUGGUGACUUUGGCCUCAGCAUGGACCAGUCCCGUGCUCAGAUGGCUCUGUGGGCAAUUAUGGCCGCUCCUCUUUUCAUGUCCAAUGACCUGCGCACCAUCAGCAGUGGGGCCCGCAGCAUCCUGCAAAACAAAAUGGCCAUCAGCAUCAACCAGGACCCCAUGGGCGUUCAGGGAAGACGAAUUGUUAAGGAGAAGAGUGGCAUUGAGGUGUUCUGGCGCCCGCUGUCAAGCAAUGCCAGUGCCUUGUUGUUCUUCAGUCGUCGUAAUGACAUGCCCUACCGCUACCAGACUUCCCUGAGUAAACUCAACUACACCACCGGCAGCUACAAGAUCUUUGAUGUCUUCACUGGCAAGGCCACGAUGCUGAAAGACUCCACUGACUUUGUGGUGUCAGUGAACCCCACAGGUGUGGUCAUGUGGUAUGUCUCUGCACCUGCCAAACUGAACCUCCACCGGUUCUACAAAGGUGGCAAACUCCGGGGAUCUGCCCGCAAUGAUGAUGCUGAAAACACCAUUCCUCGUGUCUUUCUGUGACCGCUCACUGUCUUAACUUCAUUGUCUAACAAUCAAAUCACAGGCCUCAGCGCAGUGGCUUCUGUGUUAACUGAUGAGACCUCACAUGUUCAUGGUCUAGUGCUCAAAGGACUGCUACUAUUAACCAAAAGUGCCAAUGACGAAGACAGGUUGUCAUAAGAGCAUGGCACUAUCUUUUCUAAGUAAUGAAAUCACUGUGAGCAUCCAGAUAUGUCAGUAAUCUGAAAUUAUCUGUGAUCCUGGAAAUUUUGCACCUGCAGCAUCAGCACUGAUCAAGUAAAAGGGUUACUUCACAGAGCAGGAUGACGAAGGCCACUGCCAUGCAAGCUUUUCAGAACGAUGUUUACAUUUAAAUUUUGCUUUAUUUCAAGGAUAAUUGUUUUAUUCUGUCAAGAUCCAGAUGUUGCACUGCUCAGGAAAAUGGUCACGACUGUAUGUUUAAAAAAUGAAAAUGGUUUUUAUAAGAAAUUCUGUAAAUGUAUUCAUUGAAUAAGAUACGUUUCAAUCAAAAAGCUGUUUGUUUCAAUACAUUUUGAAUCAUUUAGGUGCAGUUCUCAUUAGUCACUGGGGCGUCUUGCAUUACUUCAUCAGACCUUUUAAAGAAUUGUAACAUAGAGCAGCACAGCGCUGCUCUUGCAGGGACUUUCAGACCUUCUCCUAUCAGUGACUACAUGCUACUUUAGCACUCUAUUCACUCUUACGCACACUAUUAUGGACAAUUAGACAUUUUACUGGAGUGGCCUUAACCCAAAAACCUGACAAUAAAUCACCAGUAACACUGAAGGAUCCUGUUGAGCAUACUUUAUGCAGUUCCCAUAAACAUGUAAAUGUACUGUACUCUCAGCAGUGGAGUGCUGUCACUUUAUUAGGAUGUGAUCAACAUGGUUUCACUUCAGCUUCUGAUACAUUUCCAUAUACUGCUAAAAUCGUAAUAGGCUGUUAUUUACUUUGAACUUUCACUUCCCAGUUGCUAAGAAUCAAGGCAUGGUGGUUUAAAGUUGUGGCUUUGCUGUUUGGGGGAAUUACAAUGCUAUUAUCAUUGCCAAAUACUGCUUCAGUCUUUAGUUUGUGUACUAAAUUCAUGUGAACAUUUGUCUAGAAUAAUGUGGAAUUUUUCAUUAAUGACUUGAAAUAAACAGCUUUCAUUUAUGACAGUGGCUUACAAUGGCUAACAAACAGACAACAGCCUGUCAGGCACGAUGCCUUUUGAGGAUUAGAUGAUUAUGUAUUUUGCAGGUGAAUAAACAUACAGAUUUUGUAAACACAAUUAGAAGAAACCUAAUUCAAAGAUUAGUUUAAAUAAAGAUCAGAAAAUAAAGACAGAGAGGGAAACCUUAUAAUUUAGCCAACAUGAACACAGACUCACAGGCGUAUUGAGCCAGUAGAGGUCAGCACUGCUCUUUAGAGUGUAUAGACGUGGCAACACAGGCCUUCCAGUCCUAUCUGCUGCCAAAAAAUGCACCUGCUGUACAACACAAGGACAGUCAGCCCAUUCGCUUGGUCCUUUAUCUCCCUGUUAUGAUUUACUCUCCUCUGACGUCACCUUCUCCUAUUUUGUACACAUGUACAACAAUGUAUAAACCCUAUUAUACAAUA